GUAUAAAUAAUUUAGCAUGUUUAAGCGUAUUCGCGGUAGGCCUAUAGCGGCGUUCGUGGAAUCAAAAUCGAAAGUAGAAAUCUAGGCUACAAGGAUUAUGGACAUUUAGGUGUUUACAAUGCCAGAUACUGGGGUUCACGUUGUCAUUGUUGGACAUAACUUAGAGGCAAAAUGUGAUGUUGCAAACGCCUUAACUAAUCAAAGGAAUCUUUUCCGGCCAUUUUCCUGCCGCAGAAAGAUUGUAAUCAAGUCCCGAAGCACCGUCAUUGGGAAGCAUCUCUAUAUAGUAGCGACACCUGAUCUGGGCACACCUUCAUGGGCACAUCUUGAAAAAGAUCUAACAAAAUUUAAAACUAAAGUAUUUCUAUAUGUGCAAGACAAUGACUGUAUUGACAGUGAUGAUGCUGGAUCAGUUGAAAUGUUGCAGAAACGAUUUUCGGAAAAGUCAAAAUCCGUCCCAGUUGUGUGUAUUCAAUACAACACGAAACUUCGAAGGGAUGACAGCUUCAGUUCCCUAGACGGCAGUUUUCGGGAAGACUUCUCUCCGCUUCCCAUUGAGGACCAAGUCAUCAUUAACAAAAGGGAUUCAUUUGCAGACAAAUCUGAAAAAGCACGCAAAAUAAUGAAACUUCUUAUCGACUCGUUAAAAAAGGACAAAAGCAAAUUCGAGGGGAGAAUGGCAGUCGAUGAUAGAAAAAGUUUGAGAGAAAGCAUGAGUGUUUCAUCCAACAGUCAAGAUUCAGAAACCGAUGUUUCAGUCCUUGACUCUGUGACAAUCAGCGAUGGUAUCGAUCGCCCCGAAGAAGAAGAAUUUAGAAGCCUCGAACUCCCUUGUGUUGACAAUAACGACUGGGAUUUAUUCCGGAAAACAUUAAAGUUAGGCAGAGCUAGAUCAAAUCAUGUCCGGGUCAAUAUUGUUGGUAAUCAGGGUGCUGGGAAAACAAGUCUGGUUAAACGACUCCAAGAAAUAGAUAUCAAAUGUCCUGACAACAGUCAAAAACCAACAGAAGGUCUCGAAAUAAACCAGGUAACUACAAGAUGUGCAGAGAGAGAUGGCAUCCGGUAUUGGGAGACCAAAUAUCGUGGGUAUGAACAAGAAUUGAAUCUUCAGAGAAUGGCGUUUGCUCUACAACAUGCUGAAGAUUGUAUUAAUGAACAACAAAGCACAAAACAAGAAAUUGAUACUGAUGCAAUGGCUGAACUUGAAUUGGGAUCGGAAGAAUGUGAAGAAAUAGGCCAGGUUGAGACAAAAUUUCAAUACGAAGAACACGUUGAUAUAAAACAAAAAGAACUGUACUUGCAAAAGGUGAAACGUUGGAAAGAGAACUCUAGGGAAGAAAGAAUGUAUGUUUCUUACUGGGACUUUGCUGGUCAGGCAACAUAUUACUCAACACAUCAAGCCUUCAUGGCACCAUCAGCCGUCUACGUCCUUGUUAUCGAUUUGACUAUGGACUUGAAGGAGAAACUUGUAGAAAACCUCGAAUUCAAAACCGGAAUAUUGAAGCAGUAUACUGUAGAGGAAACUGUGAAGUUUUGGAUAUCGUCUAUAAAGGCCUACACACGAGAUGAACAAGAUGGGCAUGCACCUUUCAUCGUUGUUGGAACACACAAAGAUAAAGUCACAACCGAACAGAUCAAAGAAAAAUUUAGCCAUCUUCGGCAAGUCUUAAGGAAUCUGACACAGAUAGAAUUUGUUGCAAUAGAUAAUACGUGCCCUGCUAAAAGCGACACCCGUCUCAAUGCGCUGAAGAAUAAAAUACUGGAUUUAGGAUUAGGGGUAAUUGACGAAGAAAUACCAGCUCAAUGGAUCAAUCUUGAAUAUAUUGUACUUCAGAAAAAGAAUGCCGGCAAAAGUGUAUUAUCAUUUGCAGAUAUUCAAGACUUUGAUGCCAAGUCAGACAUGCCUAUGCGAGAUCCGGGUAGAAUCGAGGCUUUCCUUGAACAUGAACACAGAAGAGGAUGGCUCAUGCACUUCUGUCAUGUUGAUUUAAAAGAUAUCAUCAUACUUGAUCCAACUUUACUCGCUGGUUAUUUCAAUGUACUGUUACGAAAGCGGCCAAGCUAUGAACUUCCAUCAUCUGGGAUGUGCAAGGACGGAAUAGUACAUAAAGCCUUCAUUCUUGAUGCCGCUGCUCAUGCAUUCAAUAUUCCUAUGUCUGAGGAAAAUCUUACGACUAUUUCAAAGAUUUUGACGCAUCUACAUAUCAUGUACCACUUCGAAGAAGACAAGUACUUCCUCCCGUGCUUGCUUCCACAUCGAGACGACAGAGAAAGUUUAAAAGAUAGCCUUCAUCACGAGAAAGCUCCUACACUUAAGCUAUCAUUUGCAGAUGCUUUCGUACCACCGGCUUUCUUUCAUUUGUUAAUUGCCGCCUUAAACGAAGAGCAAGAACUUAAAGUCUACAAGAAGAAAGAUAUUCCAAGAAUAUACAAUCUUUUCACCUGCUUUUGUUUCCAGAGAGACACUUUGUGGCUCGAAGUAUACUGGCAUGAAUGCUCCAUAUUCUUCGAUCUAAAGAAUUAUUCUACUCAAAAGAAAAUCAACGAGCCCGGUAGCAAUAAAUUGAAAGAGGCAAUGGAUAUCAUUCAAAACAAAAUUGAUCAUAUUCUGAGUGUAUAUAGACAGGACAAUGUUCAAUACAUAAUCGAAAUCGAGUGUCCAAAGCACCGUUCAACGUUUGUCGAUCUACAAAAAGCAAUAGAUGAAGAUGAAGUGAUGUGUACGGAUGCAGAUGAGGUCCAUGCUGUUUCUUGGAGUGAGAUAAGCAAGAUCUUACCUUGGAGCCCGUACUCAUGCGAAGGUAGGCUGGAGAAAAAUCAAAACAGACCAAGUGAUAAAGACCUUGGACGCUUGGCAAGACAUCUUUCACGAGAAAAUGCAACAUCCCUGUCAUCAAAACUCAAACUACCACAGGGUAAUGUCCAAGCUGACAGAGCAAUGAGCGAAUGGGAAAGUAGUUUCGAUAUGCAACGCUUGAGCUUAUUGUGCACAUGGAAGGAAAUGUUUCCUGAAGAAACUGUGGCUACUCUUCUGAAAUUGCUAACGAAAAGGAAAGAUUAUGACAUUAAAACAUUGCAAAAUGUCAUGCAAAAAGAGAUAGAACAUACUGAAGACUACGGUCUCAAUUGCAGUAUGUUGGAUUGUGUGCCUCCUGGAAACAAAGACUUGCUCUUCGCAAGUGACUGCAUAGGCUCAUCGUACACUUUCCUGAUGUUGGAGCUUGGACUUACAUUCCAAGACAUUGAAGUCAAAAGAAUUGAUAACUUGCAUGCAUUACGGGAAACAAUUUUUAAAUUGUUUGAAACAUGGAGACAAAGAUAUGACAAAGAAGCAACGCCGAGAACAUUAUUAGACGCGGCAAAAUUUCUUGGUAUGAACACCGCAGCUAUAGCAUCCAAAUUAAGGGACAGGCCUUGCACUUAAGGGACUUGAAGAUUAUGCGGAAAAGGUGUAUGAGUGAUAACAUUACGACAGGGUAAUAGUGUGACCAGUUAUGCUGUUUAGUAUGAGGCUAACAUACAACUACGGCAUACGUUUCCAAAUUUGACAGAGAGUUUCCUCAAAAGUAAAAUACUGAUUUUAUACAUUGGGUGAGUUUGAAGAAAUAGCACAUAUGUUACAGUUAAAUACGUUUAGUAAUGAAUUUAAAAGGACACAGCAGCUCAGUUUUCUCAAAUGAUAAGCUCUCUUUAACAUGCUUUUUCGAUUAGGCGAGAUUUCAAAAUAUCAGUAAAUAGAUGACAUUUAUUGAAUAAAUUUUUUCGAUGCUUGUUUGAUAUUCGAACGUAUUGAGAUUUUUUUUUUCACAGAGACAUGUUAUGCACAACCAUUAGAUGUACUGAUGCGUUACAAGAUGUCGCCGCUAUUUUGCUUUUAUCAUCAUUUUUUUUACUGUAAUUCGUUCGAUUGCGGAAACCUUACAUUUAAUGUAUAAAGUUAUUAUCUGAAAGUAUGGCUAAUGUUAAAACACAUACUACCAGCCUAAUAUUAGUUGGUUAAAUGUUUUACUUCAUGCACAAAUAAAUAAAUUUCGUCUAUCAACUGGAAGUUGCAUAUUUGAGAAGUUUAUUGAAAUAAGAUUAAUCUGUAUUUAUACUUUAAAUGAUAACGUUACUUUAUCAAGUAAAGGGAGGCAAUUAGAUUUUAUUUCGAAUAGCUAGAUUUGCGCUAUUUCUGGAGACAUUAUAAUUAUACGUAUCGGAACGUUUUCAAUCAUUUAGUUAAAAUUCAACGGUGUGUAAAGAAAACUACCAACUCCUAAUCUGGCAAUGAUGGGAAGUGUGUAUGUUAAGAACAUAAACUAAUCUCUAAAAGACAAUAUGACAAUUGAUACAUAUGUACAUAAGCAUGAUUUUAUCAUUUUGUAUUGGUUUGUUUAUUGAUGUAGUUUUUCUUUUUUUGCUGUUUUUUUUUUCUGUUUGAGGGUGGGUGUAGGCGAUAAAUUGCAUGUAUCUUACAAUAUGUGUCGUGUAGUUUUAUAAGGAUGUAUGAACACUUGAAGUAAAGCGAGAUAUCUGUA